AUGGCGACGUCAAGGCCGUCGCCACUGAUGAUGCUCCUCGGAGCCCUGUUCUUCUUCUCCGCCAAUGUUUUUGCGGCCGGUGCCGUUCUUGGUGUUGAUCUCGGGACUGAAUAUAUCAAGGCUGCUUUGGUGAAGCCGGGUAUCCCUCUCGAGAUUGUCCUGACGAAAGACUCCCGACGAAAAGAAACCUCCGCAGUCGCAUUCAAACCAUCCAAGAGCGGCCCUACAGCCGGUCAAUUUCCGGAACGAUCCUAUGGCGCGGAUGCCAUGGCCCUCGCGGCUCGCUUCCCCGGCGAAGUCUACCCCAACUUGAAGACACUCCUAGGCCUUCCGAUCGACGAUGCCUCUGUAAAAGAAUAUGCUGCCCGUCAUCCAGCUCUUCAACUGCAAGCUCAUAGCAGCAGAGGCACUCCCGCUUUCAAGACCAAGACAUUGACAGCGGAGGAGGAUGCAUUGUUGGUAGAGGAACUGCUGGCCAUGGAGCUCCAGAGUGUACAGAAGAACGCUGAAGCGGCAGCUGGCGAUGGUUCCUCCGUGCGUUCCAUUGUACUCACAGUUCCUCCCUUCUACACUAUCGAGGAGAAGCGCGCUGUCCAGUUGGCAGCCGAUUUAGCCGGCCUCAAGGUCCUUAGUCUGGUCAGCGACGGUUUGGCCGUCGGCUUAAACUAUGCCACCAGCCGUCAAUUCCCUAACAUCAACGCAGGCGAGAAGCCUGAGUACCACUUGGUCUUCGACAUGGGCGCCGGUUCUACCAGUGCGUCUGUCAUGCGCUUCCAGAGCCGUACCGUCAAGGAUGUUGGAAAGUACAACAAGACUGUCCAAGAGGUUCAGGUCCUUGGCAGCGGUUGGGAUAAGACCCUUGGUGGUGAUUCCCUGAACUACCUGAUUAUGGACGAUAUGGUUUCGCAGUUUGUCGAAUCCAAGGGCGCGCAAAAGAUUUCAGCAACAGUUCAGGGUGUCACUGCCCACGGACGGACAAUGGCUAAACUGGCCAAGGAGGCUGAGCGACUUCGACAUGUUCUUAGCGCCAACCAGAACACUCACGCUAGCUUUGAGGGACUCUACGAGGAAGUCGACUUCAAGUACAAGCUUGCCCGUGCCGACUUUGAGUCCAUGGCCGCGGCUCACGCCGAGAGAAUUGGAGUCGUCAUUAGCGACGCCGUCAAGAUAUCUGGUAUCGAAUUAGGCGAUCUCACUUCCAUCAUUUUACACGGCGGUGCAACUCGCACUCCCUUUGUCCAGAAGGCCCUUGAACAAGCCGCUGGGUCUGCUGAUAAGAUUCGAUCCAAUGUCAACUCCGAUGAAGCUGCCGUUUUUGGUGCUGGCUUCCGUGCCGCAGAGCUGAGCCCUAGCUUCCGAGUCAAGGAGAUCAGAAUCUCUGAGGGCCCCAUGUACGCCACAGGCUUGAAGCGUGCCAGUGGCGAGAAGAGACAACGCCUCUGGACCGCAAUCUCACCCAUGGGUGGCUCUCCCAAGGAGAUGACGUUCAAUGAUCACCAAGACUUUGCUCUUACCUUUUAUCAACAAGUCGGUGACGUUGACAAGAACGUCGCAUCCUUGUCUACCAAGAACCUUACUGCGACAGUAGCUGCCCUGAAGGAGAAAUACCCUUCGUGUGUGGAAUCUGAAAUUGUCUUCAAGCUUGGCGUCAAGUUGCGUACCGAGAACGGAGAAGUUCAGGUUGUUAGGGCUGCUAUGGAGUGCGAGGCUGAGGUGACGGUAAAGGAACGUAUUGUUGAUGGUGUCAAAAACUUGUUUGGUUUCGGAAAGAAGGACCAGAAGCCUCUUCAGGGCGAUGAUAAGAAUACCGAGUCGCAAGAGUCUGAAGGUUCCAAGGAGAUUCUGAAGGAAGAUGCAAAGUCGUCCACCACCUCGACCACAGCGUCCGACUCUACGACAGCGUCCAGCUCUACCGAGUCAGCUGCUCCCAGCGAGGAGGUGAGGGAAGUCAAGCAGAAACAGAUCGUCUCCAUUCCCGUGGAAAUUACAUUGGAAAAGGCCGGUGUCCCUCUUUUGACCAAGACGGAGUUAGCCAAGGUCAAGGACAGACUUAAGGCAUUUGCGGCCUCUGACAAGGCCAGAUUCCAGCGUGAGGAGGCUCUCAACCAGCUUGAAGGUUACACAUACAAAAUUCGCGAUCUCCUAGAGGGAGAGUCUUUUGUCGGCGCGUCCACAGAGAGGGAACGCUCUGAGUUGUCCAAGAAAGCUAGCGAGAUCGGCGACUGGUUAUAUGAAGAUGGAGCUGAGGCUGCCAAGGAAGUUUUCAAGGCUAAGUUGAAGACUCUUCAAGAUAUCGUCGUGCCUAUCCAGAGCAGAAUCCAAGAGGCAGAAAACCGGCCCGAGAGAAUAAAGACUUUGAAGGAUUCUAUAAAGCGAAUUACCGAGUAUGUCGAUUCGAUACACAAGCAAAUCUCGGAAUAUGAGGAGUGGCAAGCCACGUCUGCCUCUGCCAGCGCCAGUGGGUCAUCAACCACAUCUGCCUCGACAGAGAGUGCCACUAGUGAAUUUGACGGCCUGGAGGAUGACGACGCCAAGGACACGAAGAAGAAGAAUGAGCCUGAGGAGCCGGUUGGUCCCAUUCCGCCGCUCUUUAAAAAAGAAGAGCUGAAGGAGCUGGAAACGGUUCUCAAGACUACCAAGGACUGGCUCAUUGAGAUGGAGCCCAAGCAGGAGAAGUUACCCAUCACCGCCAACCCCGUCCUCCUGGUCAAAGACAUCACUGAAAAGAUCAAGAAGCUCGACAAGGUGAGCCUAGAUCUAGCCCUCAAGGGAGCCAAGUCAUUUGGAGGCAAGGCGAAGAAGGCCGCCAAGAACAUCAAGAAGGGCAAGUCAAAGACUGGUGAGGACUUCGAGGACUUCCAGGGCCAGCGUUUCACUAGCGAGCAGCUUGAAGAGAUGUUGGAGAAGAUAAAGGCUAUGGAAAAGGAGAAGAAGCCCGAAAAGGCUGGAAAGGAGAAGGAGAAGACAAAUGGCGACAAGCCAGGCCAUGACGAGCUGUAG